UAUAUCCCAGGCGGGGGCGGGUCGCGCUCUCACUUCCGCUGGACGCGCUGGGGAGGAUGGAGGAGGAGCAGAGGCCACGGGGGAGGCUGAGCCGUCGGAGGCCGCCCGCUGGGGGCGGGCCCCCCAGCCACCGACCCUGGUUUCUCUUGGAAGGCCGUCAGAGUGAGCCAUGGGCUGUACUCUUGCAAAGCACCGUGAACUCUGACUUGAUCCUGGACAGCCAGCCAUUGCCCCCAUUGCCUGCCUUUCCCAGCCAGGUGUGUCCACAGAAGCCUCUGCCUGGCCCAGAGCCCACAGUACCUCCUGAGGUCUUCACUGUGGGAUCCAAGGCCUUUUCCUGGACGCCUUUUCCACCUGCUCUUGAUGUCUCCUGUAGCUCCUACCAGCCGUUCCAGGGGGCUGGAGGCCCUCUGGAGCUACCCACUGCAUCCCUGAAAGAACACUCUACACCGGAUCCCCAUGGGACCCCCAGCACCCAGGAGUGUUUGUCUGUGCAGAGUCCACCAGUCUUGCAGAGCUGCCCAAUGUGCCAAAAGGAGUUUGCCCCCACGCUGGCCCAGCUGGAUGUGGACAGCCACCUUGCCCAGUGCUUGACUGAAAGUACCAAAGAUGUGGUGUGGUGAGCUGCUGGGCGGUGCAGGCCUGGCCUCACUGCCCCUCCCCUCUGCUCCCAGAUAUAUGCAUCGGCAUCAUGAUACAGCUGCUGAGCUGUCUUCAUGUGGACACCUGAGUAUGCCUUAUGGUGUUCACAGGCACUGGGCAUAAUGCUGCUCACUCUUGUACAGUCAGAAGGGCAGCAUACCUGCUGUGAUGGUUCAUCUUCAUUGUUGAUUGACUGGAUUUGGAAUCACCUAGGAGACACACCUCUGGGUGUAUCUGUGAAGGUGUUUCCAGAGGGGAUUAACUCAGAAAGGAAGACCCAUCUGGAAUGUGGGUGGGACCAUCCCAUGGCUGGGCUCGCACUGAAUGUAAAGGGAAAAAAGAGAAAGCUUCUGAUUGUGGAUGCCACGUGACCAGCUGUCUCGGACCUCCUGCCACCACGGGUAGAGCUGCCCUGGCUACCAUGUCUUCCUUCCCUGCCGUGAUAGACUAUAUCUUCAACUUGAGGCACAACAAAUAUUGAAGCUGUUUUGGUCAGGUACUUUGUCUUA